AUGCGACUCAUGAUUCACCCAGCUGCGAGUCAGAGAGGCGACCGCGAGGAGUCGGUCCUUCGGCCUCCGAUGCGGCCGCUAAGGUCGAAAGUCAAGUCCGGUCGCAGCGUUCGAGUAAAACUCGUCUUGGUUCGCAGCGAAAUCCCCGGCGCGCAGCUACAGGGCAUGCAUGGAAAUCCCAAAUGGCCUGUGGUGCGAGGAGUGCUCGACGUGCAGAAUUCUGCCUUUAAAGGGGACGGCGCGGAGCGGAGCAGUCGGCUGGCGGGCGGACAGGCACGCCGGCAGCAGGAGAACCACGCCGGCACGAAGACGGGCCACGGGGGAGACAGUGAAUAUACAUGCGAGAUGGCACAUUUAGAGCGAACACACAACCUGUGCCGGUGUAUUUAUAAUUAUGAGCCGUCGGCCGCCGCGGCGCCCAAGCAGCUGGAGCUGCGCCACCUGCAAAGCUGCUUCCUGCUGCUGGCGCUGGGCUGCGCAGCUGGCGCCGCCGCCCUCGCCGCCGAGUUGGCGCAUCGCCGCUUGGCGCUGCGUUGGCGCUCGCCCCCCGCGCCAAACAAAGCACCGUGUUGACAGGGAACCGGACAAAUCUAUGUCCACCCACCUCUAUGCCAUGCUCACCACUUCCCCAGAAUAUACCGAACGUCUUGGAAUAAAUGUUACAAGCUUCAAUGGUACGUAGGAACGUUAAAUAUUGUCAUUUUUUAUCAAUUACCAAGAGGUAAGAAA